AUACGAACAAGGCAACAACAUCGGUGAAGCUUCAGAAAUCAGAAUUGGCAAUGGACAAUACCAAAAAUCUGGCGCAAAGGGUAUCUGAAAGACAUUGAAACAAACUGAGAGAGAGAGAGAGAUGAGUGAGAAGAAGGUGUUGAUAGUAGGAGGCACAGGCUAUUUGGGGCAGCACUUGCUACAAGGAUUCACUGAGGUCCUGCACUCUCUUCCAUAUUCUCUCUCACUAGCAUUCACCUACCACAGCAAUCCUCCUUCUAAGCAAUUGCUGGAUGGCAUUCCCCAGGCUCUCCCUUUUUAUGUAGAUUUGCGUACUGGAAAUGGCUUUGAUGACAUCUCAAAGAACUUAGGGCAGCCUGAUAUUGUGAUUAAUUGUGCUGCGCUUUCCAUUCCGCGUGCCUGUGAAGCUGAUCCUGAGGCUGCCCUGGCUAUCAAUGUGCCCUAUGCUCUAGUUCGAUGGUUGUCAAGUUUUGACGAGAACAAAACUUUUCUGAUCCAUUUAUCUACUGAUCAGGUUUAUGAAGGGACAAAAUCCUUUUACAAGGAAGAGGAUGAGACAAUUCCUGUGAAUGCUUAUGGGAAAUCAAAGGUGGUGGCAGAACAGCUUAUAUUGACAAAUUGCCCAAACUUUGCGAUUCUAAGAAGCAGUAUCAUUUUUGGACCUCAGACCAUUUCCCCUGUUCCAAAGUCGCUGCCAAUUCAGUGGAUCGAUAGUGUCCUUGCCAAGGGGGAAAAGAUGGAUUUUUUUCAUGAUGAGUUUCGUUGUCCCGUGUAUGUCAGGGAUCUAGUAACCAUCAUACAGACGUUGACUAACAGAUGGAUCUCAGAGAGCAAGCCAAUGCAAUUGCUUGUAAAUGUUGGCGGACCAGAUAGGGUUUCCAGGGUUCAGAUGGCUGAAGCUGUUGCGGAAAUUAGAGGCUAUAAUGCAUCAUCGAUCAACCCAGUUUCUUCAUCAUCGGUCGACCGUGGUGUGAAGUCCCCUGCAGACAUAUCCAUGGAUAUCACUAAGCUAAUUCAGACCCUCGGUGUUUCACCAACUGGAUUCAAAGAAGGUGUCAAGUUGACGCUAGAAGCUGAAGAUGCUUCCAAACGCCAGUAAAUCAUUCUUCCAUUCUUUAAUCAAUGCUUCCCCUUCGGGGCAUACUAUUCCAGCAAAGUUUAUGCAAUCUCGUAACUCUUUGAUGUGAAUAAUUUCGACUUGUCACUGCUUCUUGCAUACUGCUUACGAUUGUUGUAAAUGACUACGGAGUAUUUUCACGAACCAUGAAUCAGAGCACAGUGUCACAUUCUUUAUAUCUGCUAGAAAACGGAAUAAUACUGGAGAUACCGGGAACUCGUUAGCCACACGGCUAGUACGCGAAGAACAUCGAAUUCUCCUUAGUUCUGGAGUUGAUUCCAUUGUUUAUUUUUA